AUGGACGCGUUCACGGUCGUAGAACUGUUGAUAUGGCUUGUGCUAAUAUCUCUCGCAUUCCCUGGCGUGUUUUUGCAUGCCUUGAUGCGGUUUUAUUGGUGGCUGAAUGCCAUCCCCGAGGGGAGUAGAAAGGGACACCCAAACGCAAUGCCAGCACUCAACAUCGUCUUCCUCACGGACAUCGUCCAGUCGAUGCUGUUCCCUACGGUGGUGGACAUGUGCCACAUCGUAAUGUUCAACGACCGCGUAUUCCUCAGUUGGAUAACGGCGGUACAUCACCUCGGUGCCGCUGUCGGUGGUGUGAUGGCUUGGGUGGUCUCCUACUUGCAGCUGGAUAGGCAUUUUCAUAAUGUCCCCAAGUGUGCUUCAGUGCUGUUGACCGUGCACAUGGUGUACUUCCUGAGGAUCCUACAGCUGAACAGCAUGCUCAGCCACAUUUUCUGGCACGGUCUAUACUACGUGAUAUACUCGUUCCACCAGAUCGCAGUCUUCAAUACGUUAGUCGCGUCAGUCGGGAAACGUGAAAUGGGAAGCUAUAUGACGUUGUCGUCUGCUGUUGCUAAAUUGGGCAACAUCACAGGUCCUGCUGCACUCAUCAUGGUUUCGACACUCGACUCCACCAGCUUCGCACGCUUGAACGCGCCAUUUCGCCUGAAGAAUGCAGAAAUCGCAUACGUGGUAGUCCUCGCUCUUUGUAUUGUACGGGUGGUCUAUACAUUCGAGCUCGUGAGCCCACUUGAAAAUCGAUGGAAGCGUGCACUGGACGAGACCAGUUCACCCAUCUUGCCACCGAUCGAAGAGAAAAUGGUCUUGGGGCAAUCAAUCGCUACCCCUGAGACCUUGGAGUCGGGCACCGAACCUGUAAACCAACGACACAGCGUUCUGCCAUACGUCAUAUUCGCCAUGAACGUUCUAUCACUAAUCGGAGCAGGGCUCUCCAUCAGGUUCAUGUUUCUCUACAUGAUCCUGAAGUUCAACAUGGAAUACCGCCUCAUGUGGCUGGCUAACAUAUGUAUUCCUAUCGCAUCUACGGCCGCAUUAUUUGUGAUCGACAACCAAGCAAGGCGUUACGGAAAGCUCAAGACCAUAUUUGUCUCCCAGACUAUUGGAUUGAUGCUGUUGUACGCUUUCACCAAGGUUGAAGACCCCAAGUUGGUGCUGGUCAUAUACGUGCUGCGGGCAACCUUCCAGAACACCCCCGCAGCACUGAAGACAACAGUGAUGCUUAAGCACAGCAGCGACGGCGCAAACAGCUACUGGCUUGCCUCCGAGCAUGUGUCGAGGGUGCUCAUCUUCGUAUCAACGAUUCUCGGCGGCCACCUGUCCAAGUAUGCGGGAUUGGAGUACUGCUUUUUGGCGACAGGUUAG